UCUUCUACUUGACCGAAUGGGUUAUCUGGAGCUAAUCUCCUACUUGUAACUGAAUAGGACAAGUAAUGAAUAGGGUAAUUUCCUCAUCCCAAAUGAAUAGGACAAGUAAUGAAUAGAGUAAUAUCCUCAUCCUAGAUGAAUAGGACAAGUAAUGAAUAGGAUAAUUUCCUCAUCCUAGAUGAAUAGGACAAGUAAUGAAUAGGGCCAUCUCCUCCUCAAUGAAUGGGAUAAUCUCCUACUUGACCAAAAAUCUCCUACUUGUUAUUGAAUAGGACAAGUAAUGAAUAGGGUACAGAUUAGGUGGCGGAUGAAGACAAUAGAGGUGAUGCACAAAAGAAGCAUCUUUGGAUAAACAGGUACCUCUCUGAGAAUGACAUGUGUCACUCUGAGGGUCUUCCUUCUAUCUCAUCCCCCUUUGCGAUGAACGUGAUUGGUCAAUGAUUAAAGGAUCGUGUUUUUAUUGGUCACUGCACAUAGCUCAUAGAGUUAUGUAAUGAAGAUAAUAUAAAUAGAGAGACACGAAGGUGAAGAUGAAUAAUUGCAUUUAGUUGCAUCCAGAUCUUGAACCACGCCGAUACUCUUUUUGCGUAUCAGCUACUACUCUGCAUUUUACAUCAAGAAAACAUGGCUUUCAAUACACCCAAGUCGUUUACUUCAGCUGUUACAAAUGAUAGCAUCUUGAACACCCCUCCAACAGCCAGACUAUUGCCAGAGAACAUGGCUGAAGAUGUUCUGUCACCUGCUAGUUUUUCACUGGAUACUACAUCUACCCCGAUAGAGCAGAAGAAGCUAAGUGCACCUACACCUCCAGGACUCUGUGCUUUGAGAGCCUGUGUUGCUGAUCUGGAUCAACAACUCUCAAUUCCAUCAUUGGGACACCCCUCGCCCUCUUCCCCCGAACCAGUGAUUGUGAUCGAUGACGACGAAACAGAACCACUUGCCUCUGGUCUGUCACCUCAAACACCGAUGGUCAUCAAUAUACCUGACGAUUCUCCACCACCAGCCCCGUUUACACGUCGCCUAAGGAGACAAAAUGCCGUCAUAGACUUAACAUUGCCUAGUACCACUCCCGUCACAAGACCAAAGGUGUCAGCGCACACGGCCCUCUUGCACGAGUUACAGUCGUUACGCCGUCGUCUAAACUACGACGAGGAGGAGGAAACAUACGUUAUCAUGGAGGAGGAUGAUCUAGAAACAGAUGUUACCAUGGAGGAAGAGGAUACGGAGAUGGAGCAGGGAGACAAUCCGGUGAGAAUUGACAAUUUACCCGUUUCACCCGUACUAAUGGCAGUCAAAGCAUUGGCAGGCAUAAUAAAUGAAGUCGUACACGAAUCCUGCGAUGGCUGUACUCGAAAUUACCCCAGUCAAAUGGAUCAUGAAGACUGUAUGUGGUUGGAAUGGCCACAAAAGGUUGAUAAAUAUUUUGAUAGAGCAAUUUCAAAAUUAGACGAGUCCCGGUUCUUUCAGUUUUUCAAUCAAGUUUAUAAUGUUCAAGUUUUGUUUGAGGAAGAACAGGAUUUAUGUGUGGGGGAAGCUAGCGAAUUCUAUCACGUUGAACUCCCUAAAAGGGGAGUUCAAAUGCAUGUAAAAUCCAAAAUGAGAGAAAUGUAAGAAUGUUUGCAAAAAAAAGAAGAUAUUUAACCUAAAGGCAAAAACGCAAAAACAGCAAAUAAAGUAGGAAAUUUUAGGGAGUUUACGGUAGCUUUUCCCACACAUAAAUCAUGCUCUUCCUCAGCAAAUAAAGGAAAUGUGAUAUAUUUUGAGAUUAUUUGCAAUGUUGAAUUUUAUUUUAUUUUAUUCCUUGCAGUUCUAUUAAGUUGUAAAACUUACAUUCUGGCUUGGUUUUUAAGUAAUUUUGUUUGUAUGGUAUUUUAGAAAACUAUUUCAGAAGAAAGUGAUGUAAUCAAACUACGGCGAUCUAUGUUACUUUUCCUCUAUCAAAUUUUAAAACAUGAACUUUUUUUGUUAAUUGUAAGUUUUGCCAAAAUGUUUCUUUGAAAAUAGAGUUUAUAUU